AUGCGCCUCACGCAGAGCAUGUGCACGAUCGCCGAGUGCGCCGAGGGCUGCCCCGCGCCGCCCGCCGCCCGCCCCCGCCUCGUCAAGAUCGCCGUGGUGGGGGGCAGCGGCGUGGGCAAGACAGCGCUCGUGGUGCGGUUCCUCACGCGGCGCUUCAUCGGCGACUACGAGCGGAACGCAGGUAAUCUCUACAGCAGACACAUCCAGAUAGAUGGAGAAACGCUGGCUAUCCAAGUGCAGGACACUCCCGGCGUCCAGAUCCACGAGCACAGCCUGGACUGCAACGAGCAGCUGAACAGAUGCAUUCGCUGGGCAGACGCGCUUGUGAUCGUCUUCUCCAUAACCGAUUACAAGAGCUACGAGCUACUCAGCCACCUUUACCAGCACGUUCGGCAGCUGCACCCAGGAAGCUCCGUCCCCGUCGUCAUCGUGGCCAACAAAGCCGACCUGCUGCACGUGAAGGAGGUGGAGCCUCAGCACGGACUGCAGCUGGCCAACGUGCUGGGCUGCGCCUUCUAYGAAGUCUCCGUCAGUGAAAACUACAACGACGUCUUCAGCGCUUUCCACGUGCUGUGCAGAGAGGUCAGCAAGCAGCAAACGAGCAGCACGCCCGAGCGGCGGAGAACCUCGCUUAUCCCACGGCCCAAAUCCCCCAACAUGCAGGACCUCAAGAGGAGGUUUAAGCAAGCCCUGUCUGCCAAAGUGAGGACUGUCACGUCUGUUUAGGAGCAGAGCCAAGCGGAGGGGUUGAUCUUCCCAACAUUUCGGCCUGAGUGUGAAACCUGGAAUGAAACACUGGCACUUCUAGAGUCCAAGGAAAAAGAAAUAAAAGGAAAGAAGGGAUGGUUGAGGUAGCUGCCUGAACGGCUACAGAAACCAGGAAUUGGUUGAAGAAGACAGGGGGAGGGGGGAAUCCUUGAAAUGGUUCUGGGAUGCAACUUGUGGAACAUGUUUCAUUUCCCAAUGAAAAUACUUUACAGUAAAUGAAAUGAUCUUUCAGGUUGUCGUUUCUCCAACGGGAAAGAUUUGGCUCAAACUUCAUGCAGAAAAAAAGGAAAAAAAAAACAAAAAACUUUUAGCUGUAACUCUCAACUUUUGUACUUGAGCAGGGAAAUAGCCUGAACUGUAGUUCACUGUUCAGAAGUAACCACUUGAGUCUUACUGUGUUUUCACUUGGAUGAAGGACAGCAUGAUAUAUCUGUUUAAUUUUAUUGCACAGCAGAGCCAUUUAUUACCCAUGUAUUUCCAAGCAAACRAGCAAAUACGAAAAUUUUCUGUACAUGUAGAACAAGUGACUGGGUACGGAGACUGUAAACAAUGGCCCUUUAUUUUUUACUAGCUGUAUCAUCGCUGAGCAAUUUCAACAGACUCUUUGUAUGCAAAACGAGCGUGCACAGGGUGUAGACAUAUCUAAUUGCAAGUGACCUGUGAGCUUUUUUACUGUCUGAAAGAACCAGAAAACACUGUCCAGACUAAAUGACCCCACCGGAGCUCUUGGGAAGGAGCCUUGGAGUGAUAGUCCAUGGAGGCAGCGGCYGGGGGGAUGCCCCCCUCCUCCUGCCCCUCUGCCAUGCACGAGRGGCGCAGAGGAUCCCGCUGCAUCCAGCUCUGCUGCGGAACGU